GUCCAAGUUCAAAGAAAACUGCGAAAGCUUAUUAUUAUUAUUAUCGAACAGAAUAAAAACAUACAUGGUUAAGGAUUUAGAGGAUUCGGUACAAUCUAUGAUUCCUUCCUAACUAAGCUAAUUUUUUAGCCCUUCAAAUUCCUCAAAAAUCACGUUAGUCAGGGAUAGUAUUAUCAUGGCAACUGCAACCAUGGCUACUGCAGCAGGUGCAGCUGCUCUUUUGUACUACACGUUGAAUCGGAAAUUGCAGUCUCACGAUGGAAUCAAUGACGAUGUUGAAGAAAAUGGCAGUGAUCCACCCGUCGAUGCGCCAAUAGGUAUUGACCGUGUUUCUCAUCGGUUAAUCCAAGCCCCUGCUACGUGGUUGGAGACAAUUUCAACAUUGUCAGAGACUCUCAGGUUCACGUAUUCAGAGACACUUGGGAAAUGGCCCAUUGGGGAUUUGGCAUUUGGUAUCAACUUUCUUCUAAAGAGGCAGGGAAACUAUCAUGUUGACAGUGUGUUUUGUGACAAGGACAGUGUACAGCUCAAAGGGUCUGAGAUUACUACUGAACUUAAGUAUCUCUUAAACUUGUUGACACUGUGCUGGCAUUUUUCAAAGAAGCCCUUUCCCUUGUUUCUAGAAGAAACUGGCUAUGCUGAAGAAAAUGUCCUCCUUCGGGAACCCAAAGCAGGAAUUUUGAAACCAGCGUUUACAAUUAUAGCUGAUCACAAGAUGAGGUGUUUUUUGUUAUUGAUUCGGGGCACACAUAGUAUCAAGGAUACUCUAACAGCUGUUACAGGAAAUGUGGUACCAUUUCAUCACACUGUUGUUCAUCAGGGGGGUGUCAGUGAUUUGGUUUUAGGUUAUGCACAUUGUGGAAUGGUUGCUGCUGCUCGAUGGAUUGCAAAGCUUGCAACUCCUUGUCUACUUGAAGCACUUGGCCGCUACCCUGACUAUAAAGUUAAGAUUGUAGGGCACUCUUUGGGUGGAGGCACUGCAGCAAUUCUAACCUAUGUGUUGAGAGAGCGAAAGGAACUGUCUGUGACUACAUGUGUUACAUUUGCUCCAGCUGCUUGUAUGACAUGGGAGUUGGCAGAGUCAGGCGAUAGUUUUAUUACUUCUAUAAUAAAUGGAGCUGAUUUGGUGCCUACAUUUUCAGCUGCUUCUGUAGAUGACUUGCGUUCUGAGGUGACAGCAUCAGCAUGGAUUAAUGACUUGAGGAAUCAAAUUGAGCAAACAAGAAUACUCAGUACCGUCUAUCGUUCUGCUUCAGCAUUGGGUUCUCGCCUCCCAUCUAUUGCCACUGCUAGAUCAAAAGUUGCUGGGGCUGGGGCAAUUUUGCAGCCAGUUUCUAAUGGUACCCAGGUUGUGAUGAAGAGGGCCAAGAGUAUGGCUCAGGCUGCAUGGACCCGUCCAACACUUAAUCUGUCCUCUUGGUCAUGCAUGGGACCCCGUCGCCGACCCAUGGCUGAUCAUUCAAACUCCAAAGACGAGGGGAGUUCCUCUGCAUCUCCAGCCUCUACCAAUGUUGAAAGUUCUGAACCACUUCUUGGUUCUCCUAGGAAAGGGAUUAAUGCAAAGAACAUGAACCUUCCCGUGUCUUCAUCUUUAGAAGAGUGGUCUUCUGAGAUUGAAUGUGGCAAUGAAAGUACUCCUGAUGCUGUGGUGGAUGUUGAUCACGAUCAAAGUGAGAAUAUCAUGGAGCAUGACAGAUAUGAGGAUCAGAUGAGUGAAGUGGAGUUGUGGCAACAACUGGAGCAUGAGCUGUAUGACAGAUCUGAAGGUGAGGAGGAGGCUGAUGUGGUAAAGGAGAUAAGAGAAGAGGAAGCAGCCAUAGCAGAGGAAGUGGGGCAAAGCCAGAGCUCUGUACCGGAAACGAAAGAAGUCCACAGAUUUUUUCCACCAGGAAAGAUAAUGCACAUUGUUACUCUCCACUCUGAUGCUGCUGAGCAUGAAAGUGAUGGCAGCCCAACCUCUACAAGUUCGGACAACAGCCAAUCAAGUGAGACUAAAAUUGGGAUUUUUCUUACUUCAAGGUAUCUAUAUAGUAAACUUAGACUUUCACAGAGCAUGAUCAGUGAUCACUUCAUGCCAGUCUAUAGAAGGCAGAUUGAAAGGCUAAUAAAAGAACUUGAGGCAGAAUCUACUGAUGAUCAUAGAACGCACGAGUUGGUGUUAUAGUCAAAGAUAUAGUCAACAUUAGGUUUAUGUUUGUACCAUACUGCGUGUCAUUGGGUGUUUUUUGUCCCAUUGAUUUCGGAACAAUUCACAUAGGAAAAGCAGUUUUUGAUUUUAGCUGCAACAAGGAACCCAAAGAAAGGCGUUUACAACCACCUAAUAUACUGAUGGUCACUCUGAUGAUCAAGGGAACCAAAUCAUCACCAUACAUUUAACAUUGAUGUUAAAUGGGGAAAAGUAAUUGUAAAUGGUUUCCCCAAAACCAGGCUGUCUGUAAAUAAUAAUAAUAAUAAUGUGGUAAACUGACACCAGUGAACGGUUAAAAUGAUACGUUGUUAUCUGAAUGAACUGAUUUGCUGAGUCACUGUCUGUGCAUUGAAUGCUUGCUGUUCCGUGUGUUUAUACAGUCAAUACUUUUGAUUUGUGAAUCGUACUAGUUUCCUAUCAUCAUUAUCAGUUUGGUGAAAUGGUUGUGUUACCAGAAUCAGUAAAUGAAAUGUUGGAGUUGGUCC